AUGAACAAACCAAUAUACUGCUGCUUGAUUUUCAUCACCUUCUUCUGUCCUCUCUUCUCUCUCCCCAUCCUGGACUCCAGUGAGACAUCCUAUCAGCUCUCAGCCGUGGAUGAAGAUGCAAAUUUAAAUUUGAAGGAACUGGACAGAGCCUCCCUCUUGCAAGCAUUGUCAGAGCUUCUGGAUACACAGAAGGAUGAUGGUCUCAGGAAAACGGAUCUUGGCUCCAGCAUUUAUAAUCCAAUAGGAAGUACCAAAGAGACUCUCGAUGGAAAAGACCCCGCCACCUCACUGUUGAGUCGUCUACUAACCAAAACCAGGAAACAAUCUAAGAAACAUGUGCCCUCCUCCAACUGCUUCUGGAAAUACUGUGUGUAGAGUGGAACUUAGCCUUUUAUUUCGUGGUGUAACUUACAAUUCUACUCGCAACCAGCUUGAAGAAAUGGGAAUAGAUCUGCUUGAUUUAAAGUAACAGCAUAAAAUAAAAGUGAAAAAGCUAUAUUAUUG